GGCAGAGGUGCUUCAGCCGCAAAAUUACAUGUUUAUGUGCAAAAACGUCCCUCCUUCCUAGUUAAUUUCCGCCCGAUGUCCUCCUCGUCCAAAAACCGAUUCCCCUCCGGCCGUGGCGGCAGCGCAGAUCCAAGAAUUCCCGGGCGGCGGCAUUCGUUUAGAUCCAGAGCCAAGCUGGGUCACGACGCCCAGUCAUGGUGCCGUUCCACCUCCGCUUCGACGGCUCCCGUGGCCUAGUUUGAGGCGGAAUAAAUGGAAGCUCAUCGGCGUACGGCAAGCCGGUGGUGGGAUCGUCGUCUCCUCGCCCUCACAGGCCCUAGGAUCUACUCGUGGGCGUGCUCCCUACCUCCUCCUCUCAAGAUCUAGCAGUAGCUCGAAACGCUCCUCGCCUUCUUCCAGACCAACCACUGUACUCAGCCACUAUUUCUUUUUCUGUGUUGGACUUCAACUGUGGCUUAUCCAUGCAUCAAAAUCUUUCACGCGCCAAGAUCUGUUCAGGCACGAGUUGUCUUAGUCCAUACAAAUUACAAGGCAUUGCAGAGAGAAUUGGAUUUCUUGAUGUAUUUAUUGGUCAGUAACACCAAGAUGGAUUUCUGCAUGUCUUGUGUCGGCACUGUCGGCUGAAUUAAAGAGAUAUGCAGAGGCACUCUGUCGCCGAGUUGCCGGUGUGGAUUUGGAGCCGCUGGAAAAUACACAGGUGUGGUUGCGCUUGGCUGAUCUGAACAGUGGAAAGACAUCGUCCUCAUUAAAUUACACAUGAAGAUGCUACCAAGUUGCGUCACAACAUGGACGAAUGAUGAAUUCUCGCACUGCUGCAUGCUACUGGAAGACAUCACUGUGAUUCGGGAUUCCUGUGCACCAGACAUGUGUGUGGAGGCAAUAUCCGAAUGGACUUGUAGGUAAUUGGUGUUUUCCCAUAGAACCAAUUUUGUUGCAUAUUUAGUCUAUAAUUUCAAGUGAUUAUGAACUUGCUAUCACAGGGUACCUUGUUCAAAAUUGGGUGAACUGCUCACUGGCUGGAUUGUGUUACUGGGUAAUGUAGUUGAGUAGCAAUUAUGAACCGGCUAUCACACUGGACCAUUUUCUAAAAUGUGAUGACUUGUUUAGUGCCGGGAUGGGGUUAGUGGAGGUUGUAACCAUGCUCUUAUGAACUGCAAGUACUUGAUUUUCAGUUUGCAGGGAUGUGUCCCUGUUCGUGGCAACUUAACCGAUAAAAUCUUCAUAAGAUAAAGUUUGUCUUUCUCACACUGCUCCGGAGAGUAUCUGUGGGCUUCUGAUGUUGAGAAGGUUGUUUAUGUGGAAAAACAAUGGGUGCUUUUCCAGUGUGAGUGUAGGAUAAUGUCAGACCCAAAGUAUCUUCUUGUUCUGAAUAAUUGGUUUGCAUUAGGUAAUGAGGGUUUCAGUUUUAUUUUUCAUCUUGCUCAAGUCCUUACAUGAUGAUUGAAAUAAUUGCCUUGCUCUUAAAAAUUGAUGUUUGAAGAUGUUAACCAGCAUGUUUGCAACUUCCUUGCAUGUUCUUGAGCAAUAUUUGGACCCAUCCUCCCAUAAAGCGGUCUGGAGACCCUCGUCCUAAUCUUUUUCGUCUGAGGCACGUUACAGGAAGCACUAUUACUGAAGACCGAGGGGUCCAACUUUUCUGCCAUGUACCAUUUGGAAGCACUAGAACUGGAGGCAAAAGUCUGUUGAAAUUAUUAAUAGUAAUGCUUGUUGAGUGGUGAUCAUUUUAGUUUACAAUACUCAGUCUUGCCGGUCAUAUACUGAAAAUGAUCCUCUCAUGAUUUUGCCGGUCAUAUCACUUGACAUGUACUGAAAAGUCUGUUAUGUUGUGUUUCUGGAAAUGUACAUGGAUUAUCCAAUUUUAGAGGUAUGCUUAGUAAUGCUUGAAGGGAAUGGCUGAAUUAUCUCAUGCACUCAAAUAUUUUAUGGUAGGUAUUGCAUUUUUUUAUAGCUGAUGUAGUAGUAGAAGCCAAGAUUGUCCACAUAAACAGAUAUGUACAAAGAUGGGGCAUCAACGCUGCUGAUUUGAGAGAGACUUGAGGUGUUCACUACAAAAGUUUGGUUUUAUAUCUACUCUUAAGUGGGGGGUUUCUGUAAAAUGUACACUUCAGGGGCGUGGGAUCCCUCACCAGAAUCUGUGCCUUCCAUCUCCAAUCCAUAGGUCCAGAACUGUUUUUCUAUUUUUGCAUCACAAGCUCAGCUUCUAUUGUAGUUGCUCCCCGUCCUCUCGUCUAGCAAGAGCAGCAAACUCGUGAGCCAGAUGUCUCAUUGAUCAUUGCGGAUGUGCCCGUGACGCUCCGCGGCAUGAUGCUAUUUGAAUGUACCACCUGAUAUUAUGGUUGUAUUUAGGUAGCCAUCCUGAAAAAAGAUAUGGUGUGCGUCCAUGCGUUUGUGUAUGUGUUUUUUUAAAAUAAAAGAACUUUGGGAUAUGUUUGUGAUGUAUUGUCAAGCAUUGAUGGCUGGUCCCGACUCUUACAAUGAGGGGUUUUUGUUUAAAGCACUAGGCGCAACACACGCACGUGCGCGAGCACACACGCUGCCACUAGAAGUUCCAUAAAAUGUGGUACUGUAGGUCAUGGUCUUAAGUCAUGUAACGAUGGUAGUGCUAUUUCCCAACAUAUUGCAAGGAAGGAAAAUAAUCCUGUCUGAUACUUUAGAAAAUAAAAAUAAAAAAGAUUAACAAAUGCGGCCACACGUCAACCCUCAUGGCGUGAUUUUCUCAUUUGCAAUUAUUACUUUCCCACGAAGCGUUUGGUCGCACAACUAUCCCCAAAGAGUCCUCCUAUACGCACGAUCGAACGCUCAUACGAUUAGAGACAACCCAAGAUAAUUUAGUUUGUGGGCCACACCAUGCAACAAUUUUUACAGUCUGGUCGUACAGGUGUCCGACGAAAAAGUAUCGUAUGCAUAGCAAUUUCGAUCCCCAAAUCUCCUCUUUAUCGGUUCAUCUUCAAACCACCAGUCCGGCAUGGAUCAAGCUCCAGGCCUUCCACCGUCAGCCUCCACUGCUCCACGCUCUCCUGUUUGCCCUUCGCACCCAUAUCCACCAGUUCGGCGAGGUCGUACCAAGGCGGUGGCGCGGUUGCGGGACGGGAGAUGCCUCAUACGGCAGUGGACAACUUGAAUUUCGGCAGGCGAGCAGCGGAUACCGGAAGGUCGGACUCCGGAAGGCCGGCGGAGUUCAGUAUUUUGUAUUGCGAUUGCCUGGUAAGCAUCAAUUCCCCAUGAACUCUUACAUGUUUGUGGCAAUCCUGCGUAUCAAUCUGGGUCAGCAUCUAUCGAUCGGGGUCGUGAUCCGGCAAUCGAUCCAGCUCGACCCGCCGUCGUCCCCGACCCUCGAUUGGGGUCAAUCGACCCCGGGACGGGGAUCGCACCAUCGACCCGCGAACCAGGCUACCAUGGGUGGAAACGCUGGCACACGAUUUGCUCCAUCGUGAUCCUGAAGCAUCGGACGGCAAAAGGCCGUCGCCUCGCUUUGGCCGGUUCCGAUUAUAACAUAGUAUCUUGUUCGGUCAUGAGUCCGGGUCCGGCUCUCGUUCGAAGGGGGCAAAGCUCAACCUAUAUAACUGCGUCGACGGCAGUAGCGUGGCUUUCCCCGUGCACCAUACUACGACCCCCUCCAGUCUGCCUCCACCCACUGGAUCAUCGGAAUCCCGUUCGAGAGAAGAUCGGCGACGCCGCGCACCGAGCAUGGCAGCCGACAAGCAGCGCCGCGUGAAGCUGAUGGUUAGCUACGGCGGGAGCAUCGAGCGCGCCGAGGGUCGGCCGCCGAGGUACGUCGGCGGCGAGCACCUGCUCCUCAACGUCCUCUCGUCCGUCUCGACGAAGGGCUUCCGCGACCUGCUGGCGGCGCGCGCGGGCUUCUCCGACUUCUCCGUCAAGUACUGCUACUCCGGCGAGGGGCUGGACUCGCUCUGCGACGUGGACACGGACGAGGACCUGCGGGACAUGCUGGACAUCUUGCUCUACCGGGACCUGCAGGCCCGGCUGUUCAACGACCAGAACAGGCGCCGGUUCCGGGUCUACCUGUUCCGCGACGCCGCCGCCCCGUCGCCGGCCUCCCAUGCCGUCCGAAAACCAGCUCCCAUGCGGCGUAGCGCGACGUCGCCGGCUCUGUUGCCGGCGAAGCCGGCCGACGUCGACGGGCGGCCAUCCCAGGGCCUGGCCGCUCCCGCUCCCUCUCUCGUGCCGCGGAUCACGAUGUCGCCGAAUCCGUUGUGCGAGACCUCGAUGGCUGGCACGAAGCCCUCCAAGCCGCCGCUCGCCCCUGCUCUCGCACGGCGGAUAGCGUCGUCGCCUUCGUUGACGGCGGACUCGACAGAUGACACGGCUUCUUUGAUCACCACCACGUCGACAUCAGCAGCCAGAGCUACCCAACAAACACCACCCCAUGCAGUGGCGUUCCGGCCGGUAGAGCAGAGUAAUCCGGUGUACCAUGCGGCUCCAGUAUUUUUGGUGCCAGUAACGCCACAUGUCAUAAUCCACCGGCCGACGAUCAUCUUCGUACCCGUGUUCAAUUCAAAGGUGGCCAUGGGCUGAGAAUUUGUUGAGUCACAAUCGAAUAUGAAAAUACUUAGUCAAGUGAGAAUUAGCAAAUCCAUAGUUUGUGUAGAUUAGAUGUCUCACAGGUCAAGUAUUGAAGUAAGUAGGUUGUAGAUAUUAGCUGACAAAUCAAAAUUCUAGAUUGAUGACUUGAAUUUUUCUUACAUUGUACUAUAAAUUGUUCAUAUAUUUUAUAAUUAAAGUUUGUUGAUAUAUUUUAUAAUUAAUGAUGUCAAUUCCUCUA